AUGGAACAACAGCCAGGGUCAUAUACCAGCAACCGAUCUCGUCGCUCCCACCGCAAAUCUCGCCUAGGAUGUGGUAACUGCAAAGCGCGGCGAGUCAAGUGUGACGAAACCGAGCCUAGUUGCAACAAUUGCCUGCGCCAUUCAAUCAAAUGUGACUUCGGUCAACCAAGAAAGCAUGCCGGCUCUGUUCAGAAAACAAUUCAACCGCCGAAACCUAAGCAAAAGCCAACUGAGUUUUCUUUUAUCUCUUCGUCUCAGUCGGAAUUUAGAGUUCCCAAGCGAACGCGUCGUGAAACUGACAGUGAGAAAACGGUUUCUCUUCCGGACUCUGAGCCAGAGACUGCUGUGGCCCCCAGGCCAUUCCAGUUCACUACUACUGAUAUGGCUCUGUUUCAUCAUUGUUUCUCAGCAGAUGAUUUGAAAGGCCAUAUUCCGGAUGAGCUGGUCCGUCUCGGAUUCUCAGUUCAUUAUGUGCUUCGCUUACUUCUGGCUGUUGCUGGGUUCCAUCUUCAAAGAAAGACUCCCGGAAAUAACAGUCUACACCUGUUUCUGGAACCGAGCGUUGAUUUCGGCGUGGAAGCAGAACGUCACUUGCAAAUUGCAAUUGAAGGCGUUGCAGCUGCAGCCCCACAACUUAACUCUGGGAAUAGUUCAUCAUUAUAUAUUGCCUCGGUAUACAUUUUCAUCUGUUCACUUGCAAGGGGACCUCGGGCAGGGGAGUAUCUAGCUUUCCGGGAUGACGAAGACAUGCCAUCUCUGUGUCUCUUCUUUGGCAUUCGGUCCAUACUCGAGGCGAGUACUAAUAUGGGCGCGGCAACGGAGCUUUUCCAAUUACAUUCCAAACCAAGCCAAGACAACCCAGAAACAGAGCCCGAGGCAGAACCACAUCCCAUCACACAGAUCUUUCCAUACACACUAAACGAUGAAAACACCCACAAUUUCCGCCCAUACUGGAAACCCUUGAACGAUCUCCAGUCACUAAUAUUCGAGAUGUUCAAUCCGACCGACUCUCGCUAUUUCAUAUAUCAAACCACAUUCGAAUCACUUUGCUCAAGUUACGAUGCUAUAUUGGGGACAUCUGUUCCUGUCCCAGGUUUGGAAUUGUGGCCUCGGAUCUUUACAUGGCUUUAUCAGCUACCGGAGAUGAUUUCGCAUGACAUGCAGAAGAAACAUCCGGUUGCUUUGUUGUUAAUGUCCUUCUUUUCUGUUCUGCUGAAUGAGCUCGACUCCGUCUGGUUUAUCACUGGCUGGCCGAGCCAUAUUGUUGGUGGGGUAUCGCGAAGUCUUGAUGAUCGCCAUCGCAUGCUUCUUGAAUGGCCUUUUCAAACGCUUGGGAUGUUUUGA